UGGAGCGAGGCGGCGGUGGAUCACUUUCUGAGGUCGCAGCGCAUCGGAGCGAGGGACGGGGUGGCCAUCAAGUGGUUCCACGCCGCCAAUAGUAAGGCCCGAGCCAAGGAGGCCGCAAGAAGUGAUGUUCACAUGAUAGAAGCAGAUGUUCUUCUUCGUGGUGGCAAAGGAGACCCAAUCAUGGCUCAUCCACCUGAAACAGACAGUGACAACACAUUGCAAGAGUGGCUAAAAGAGAUUGUCAGCACAGAUAAAGGCAUCAAGCUGGAUUUUAAGAGUCUAGAAGCCGUACGGCCUUCCUUGGAGCUUCUUGAGCACGUGAAGCAGCAUUUGAGGCGACCUGUGUGGAUCAAUGCAGACAUCCUACCAGGACCUAAUGGAAGUGAUACUGUGGUGGAUGCAAAAGGGUUCCUCGACACUGUCACUUCAUUUUUCCCAGUUGUAACCUUGUCACUGGGAUGGACAACUGGCUGGCACCGUGACAAACACAGUAAAGGCUAUGAUUGGAUGAUGGUGAAAGAAAUGGCUCAGAUAUGCAGUACGCUUUCCCAGCCUGUAACCUUCCCUGUAAGAGCAGUGUUAGUACAACAGUCGAUGUCUGAGCUGUGUUGGUUAAUGCAACGAUCAGAUAGAUACAGCCUCACUGUUUGGACGGGAAAGGAAGACGUUUAUUCUGUAGAAGAUUUGCUUUACAUUCGAGAAAACUUUGAUAAAAGUAGUGUUUAUUAUGACAUCUUAGAGCCACAAAAUUCUGAAUUCAAAAAAGCCAUAGGAGUGGAAUAG